UUGUGACCGUGGCUUGUGUGAAUAAUAACAAAAAAACAGGUUCUUGAUAUUUAAAAAUGAUUUUAGUUGGUGUGUUUUCAUGUAAAGGUAUUAUGAACAUUAUAUGUUACGUAAAACUGGGGUCUAUAAAGGAGGCCUUAGUAGAUGCUGUUGUGUGUGUUUGGAGAAAAGUUUGUGUGCCUUCAGCUUGGAGAGAAAGCCGUGCUGUACCCAGUAGACAGGUGCUUAAGCUAGACAGCUUGAGGGAAUAUUGAUAAACAGGUGCAGGGUCAGACUGAGAGCUCAGCAUGGCUGGCUGAUGUUUUCUACUAGCGAGCUGAAAUGGAGAGUCCUUCCUGCCAGAGUGUUGUAUGACAUUAGCGUGUCUCCACCCAGGUGGCGGAGGGAAACCCGAAUCCGAAACCUCAACGGCCGCCUUCAGGGCAACGUGGCGUACUACGCCCCCUGUGGGAAGAAGCUACGUCAAUACCCAGAUGUCGUAAAGUAUCUAUCCAGAAAUGGAAUAACUGACAUCACACGCGAUAAUUUUAGCUUCAUUGCAAAAUUAAGGGUUGGUGACUUCUAUGAAGCCAGAGAUGGACCCCAGGGCUUGCAGUGGACAUUGCUGACAGAGGAGGAACUUCUCCCUCACGUCAUGGCGAUGGAGGGUCGCCGAGGGCGUCCCCCGAAUCUGGAUGGCCAAGAACAGUCGGCAGAUGGCUCACGGGCCAGGCGCCGUAAAGGCCGGCCUCCCAACGUAGGGGAGGGCGAGCUGCCCAGGUCCACUGAUGCCAAGCUCCUCCGGAAACUGGAAGCCCAAGAAAUAGCCCGUCAAGCAGCUCAAAUCAAACUAAUGCGCAAACUUGAAAAGCAAGCCCUGGCGCGGGCGGCCAAAGAAGCUCGCAAGCAACAAGCAAUCAUGGCUGCUGAAGAGAAGCGGAAACAGAAGGAGCAGAUCAAGAUACUGAAGCAGCAGGAGAAAAUCAAGCGGAUUCAGCAGAUCAGAAUGGAGAAGGAGCUUCGCGCUCAGCAGAUUCUCGAAGCUAAACGGAAGAAGAAGGAAGAAGCAGCCAAUGCCAAAAUUUUGGAAGCUGAGAAGCGAACAAAGGAGAAGGAGAUGCGACGGCAGCAGGCUGUCAUCCUGAAACAUCAGGAGUUGGAGAGGCAUAGACUAGAUAUGGAGCGGGAGAGGCGACGGCAGCACAUGAUGCUGAUGAAGGCCAUGGAGGCCCGUAAGAAGGCAGAGGAGCGCGAGCGCCUGAAGCAGGAGAAACGUGACGAAAAGCGGAUCAACAAGGAGCGGAAGCUGGAACUCCGCAGGCUGGAACUGGAAAUGGCCAAGGAGCUGAAGAAGCCCAAUGAGGAUUUGUGUCUGGCGGACCACAAGCCUCUCCCAGAGUUGUCACGGAUCCCAGGCCUCGUGCUUCCUGGGAGCUCCUUCUCUGACUGCCUGAUGGUGAUGCAGUUCCUGCGAAGCUUCGGGAAGGUUCUGGGCUUCGACGUGUCUAUGGACGUGCCCGGCCUGGGUGUGCUGCAGGAGGGCCUGCUGAACGUGGCCGACAGCAUGGGCUCCGUGCAGGAUCUGCUGGUGCGAAUGGUGUCAGCCGUGGUGUGCGAUCCGGGCCUCCCCCCGGGCCACAGGACCAAAACGGCCCUGGGGGACCACCUGACCAAUGUGGGCAUCAACCGGGACAACGUGUCGGAGAUCUUGCAGAUCUACAUGGAGGCGCACUGUGGGCAGACGGAGCUGGCGGAGCUCUCAGAGAGCCUGAAGACCAAAGCGUUCCAGGCACACACACCUACGCAGAAGGCCUCCAUCCUGGCCUUCCUGGUUAACGAGCUGGCCUGCAGCAAGAGCGUCGUCAGCGAGAUUGACAAAAAUAUUGAUCACAUGACCAAUCUAAGGCGGGACAAGUGGGUGGUUGAAGGCAAGCUUCGCAAGCUGAGAAGCAUUCACGCCAAAAAGACGGGGAAGAGGGAGUCUGGCGUGGGCGGCGAGGAGGCCCAGGCCCCGGGCACGCCCACGGUGGGCCGCAAACGCAAGCGGAAGACCGGGGACAGUGACGAUGACGAGGAUGACGACGAGGACAGCGAUGACCAGGGCGACGAGGACGAUGAAGAGGAGGAGGAAUGCAAGAAAGGGAAGAAAGUGGAGGCAUGCGAGGAUGAGGAUGAGAGCUACCAGGUUGCCAGUGUGGAGGAGCUCGAGAAGCAGAUCGAUAAGCUGACGAAGCAACAGAACCAGAUCAGGCGCAAGCUCUUUGAGGCAUCGCAUUCCCUGCGCUCCAUGAUGUUUGGACAAGACCGCUACAAGCGGCGCUACUGGGUGCUGCCGCAGUGCGGGGGUGUCUUCGUGGAAGGCAUGGAGAGUGGCGAAGGUCCAGAAGAGACAGAGAGAGAAAGGGAACGAUACAGAGAACAGGAGAGCGCGGUGGCUGUUGAAAUCAAGAAGGAGCCACCAGACGUGCUAGACGAGAAGCCCUUGGACAUUAGCCAGGACAUGAACUUCCAGGGGAACAGGGCAGCACCGGAGAGUGGCGUCGAGAAGGACUCGCCUAACCUCUUCCUUCAGAAGCCAGGCUCCUUCUCCAAGCUUAGCAAGCUGUUGGAGGUGGCCAAGAUGUCCCCGGAAUUAGAGGGCCAGCACCAGAAGCAGAAUGGCAGCCCGGUGAUGGUCCCCAUGUUGGCGCCAUCUCCUCCGCACGUCGUCUCUCAGGGCACAGUGGCCGGCAGCAGCCCCGGUGCCUUGUGCGUGGAAGCCAAGCCGGAGCCCACUGCCGCCAGGGUCAGCCUACACUUUGGCAUUCCUGGGGGCAUGUGCAGUUCCCAGCAGCUGUUGCCUGGUGACCAGCUCUUCCGAGCUCUGACGGAGAGGAACGGACAUUGGUUCAACCUCCUGCCCCGCUCGCCUUGCGACGACUCCUCCCUCACCACCACCCCAACGCCCUCAGCUGCCUCCCCCCAGUCUUCCUCCACCCAGCCUAAGUCUCCUGCCUCCUCGUUGCCAAUCCCCCUUGGGGCUUCUGCAGGAACCAGCCCCCACACUCCUGUGGGGAUGGGUGGCAUGGCAUUGUCUGUUCUCCAGGUGAAACCAGGGAUCUCCGGAAUGGGGCUCCAAUACUGCUCGUGGUCUGCCGGGAUCAUGAGCCCGAACAUGGCUUUCCCAGGUAGCUCCAUACCAGGUGCGUCCUACACAGGGGCCGAUGGAAGCGGGAACCCCUUCUUGGCUCCCAGCGUGGCCACUAGCAAGAGCGAGUCCCCUGUUCCCCCCAGCGAGAAGCCUUCCUCUGCCCCUUCCCCUGCCAUGGAAGUAGCCAAACCCCAGGACUACCCAACCCCUCAGCCCAUACCGGAAGAAAUGCUGACGGGCUGGUGGAAAGUGUCAGACAUGGAGGAGCUGAGGGCCCUGGCCAAGGCACUGCACAGCAGAGGCGUCAGGGAGAAGGUCUUGCAGAAGCAGAUCCAGAAACACAUGGAGUACAUUGCUCAGGCCUGUGCCAAGAACAGAGAUGCUGCCGUAAUUGAUGUGACUGACCUCGAGGAGAACCAAGUAACGGAGGAGACUCUGGAAAGCUGGUGCAUAGAAGAGCAGGCCAUGGAGAUGGACAUAGCGGUCCUGCAGCAGGUGGAGGAGUUGGAGAGGAAAGUGACCUCGGCCAGCCUUCAGAUUAAGGGAUGGAUCUACCCCGAGCCUCAGUCAGAGAGGGAAGACCUGGUCUACCAUGAACACAAGCCCUUCACAAAGAGGAGUCUGGCAGAAGACAAAGAGGCCGAGCCGGAGCAGGAGGAGAACGGAGGAGGCGGCGGCAUUGUCCGACGUGUGAACAACCCUCUAGAUAUAGCUGUAACCAGACUGGCUGAAUUGGAGAAGAACAUAGAGAGAAGGUAUCUGAAGAGUCCCUUAAGCACCACCAUUCAGAUCAAACUGGAUAAUGUGGGUACAGUCACAGUCCCUGCUCCUGCACCAUCCGGUAGUGGUGAUGGUGAAGGAAGCGAGGAAGACAUUGCCCCGGGGAUGAAGGUGUGGCGCAAGGCCCUGAGUGAGGUGCGCAGUGCUGCCCAGCUGGCCCUCUGUAUCCAGCAGCUGCAGAAGUCCAUCGCUUGGGAGAGGUCCAUCAUGAAAGUUUACUGCCAAAUUUGCCGGAAGGGAGAUAAUGAGGAACUCCUCUUGCUCUGCGAUGGCUGUGACAAAGGAUGUCACACAUACUGCCAUAGACCAAAAAUCACCACGAUCCCUGAGGGCGACUGGUUCUGUCCUGCCUGCAUAUCCAAGGCCAGUGGGCAGUCCCCGAAGAGCAAGAAGCUGCAGAGUCGGCCACCGGUGGGCAAGAAAAGCUGCGAGGCAAAGCGGAACAGGAAGCUGUCCAUGGCGGGGGAGAUCUCAGAGGACGAUGCUGCCAGUGCAAGUGGAACCCCGAAGAAAGCGACAAAAGACCCCAAGAAGAGGAAGGCGGAGGACAGCCCUCCCGCUAACCAGAAACCAGAAAGCCCUUCAUCUGUGAAGAAGAUGAAACCGGGCAGAGACAAUUGCAAGGACCUGGUCUUGUGCAGCAUUCUACUCUCUGAGCUGGAGGGCCACCAGGAUGCCUGGCCCUUCCUCACUCCGGUCAACCCCAAGUCGGUUCCUGGUUACAAGAAGGUGAUCAAGAAGCCCAUGGACUUCUCCACCAUCCGUGAGAAGCUCAGCAACAACCAGUAUCAGAAUCUGGAAACAUUCAUCAUCGACGUGAACCUGGUUUUCGAUAACUGUGAGAAGUUCAAUGAAGAUAACUCUGAUAUCGGCCGGGCUGGCCACAACAUGAGGAAGUUCUUCGAGAGACGAUGGACUGAACUAUUAAAAACAACCUAAACCUGUUUACCGUGACUAUUUGGGACCAGCUGUUUCUGAUUCAGUUUUCAGAGCAGACCUCUUGUGAGAGUCGUACUGGGGUGUAUCUCAAAAGCGUGCGACUGUAAUCUCUCUCUUUCAAAAAUGAGAGUUCCUGUAUUACGUUGGUCACUAAUAUACGACGCUGGUUUGGCAAGAACAGGGAAAAUGACCCCGUAUUGUUCAACACAGGGGUGUUCUAGUGCAAUACCAUUUCCUAUAAGAAACUGCACUGAAUUUACAACCAUCAGAGCUGUAAUUGGGAAAGAACACUUUCCACUACUUAUAUGUAAUAUAUAUAUAAUAUUUACAAAUAUUAUAUAUAUAUAAUGUUUUUUUUUUUUUUUUUUACUUUACCCUUAAUAUUAUAGUGAAUGUAUUUAAUUUUAAUUAUUUAUGAGUUAACAAGUCCAGUCUUCGUUUUCUAUGAAAAGGAAGAAACAGCAAAAACUGCUUUAAAAUCUUAAGGAAUGUUUUUCAAUUAUAAAAACAAAAGCCAAGAAUAAAGGAAAAAAAAAGAUUAAAAAAAAAAAAAACUGUUUACACUGUUCAGUGUCUCCAGGGCACCGAAAGAUCCAUUACGGUAAUACUGUAAAGCUGCAUUUAUAUAUAAAGAUGUUUUUGCAUCACUCAACUGUGUAAGACAUUAAGGCAAGUGAGACACAUCUGUAUAUACUGUUCAUUAAUGUUAAUAAUAAGUCUUGUUUGGAAUAUGUAUGAUGUGUACAUAUUGUUUGAGACAUCAGAUAUGGUUUAUGCCUUAGAAUGACUGUAGCAUUUUAUUUUAGCCCUAAAGUGAUUAAACAUAUAUUGCUUGUACAGUACUUAUCCUCUGCAAACACUGUGGUCUCCUUAAUCUUGGUAGUGCCUGCCUUUCCAACAGGGUGCGGGGGAUAUUUGUUUUUUUUUUUCCUCUCCAUUUUUUUUUCUAUUUUUGUAUGAUUUUAACCCUCCCAGGCCUCGGAUUCUGACAUAAUCAUUUCUUAUCCAUAUGAAUUAUAUCGUGUUGCACAGUAUUUUUCAUAAAAAAAAAACAAAAAACAUUUCCCUCCAUCUGCCUUGCCACAGACACAAUGACAUUUGUAACCACUGUGUUUGAAUCUUGCUGUGUGUCGUGGUCUACUGGGGGCAGCUAGAGCAGAUUCUUUUGUACCUACGUCAGAGUACUUGAAGUUAUUUUAUUUAAAGAUAUUGUGGAAAACGGAAAGCUAGCAUUCCUUUUGUAGAAGCAUUAUUUUUCACUAGUGUGUGUGGCACGGAUCUAAUAAAGAGAUGUUUUUCAACCCAUAA